AUGCAAGCCUCUCAACCUCCUCCCACUUCCCGUGCAAGGUACUUCGGAAACGACGACGUGUCGCAAGAAUGCAAAGACUUGCUCUCCUCUCUCCCUUCGGAAGAAGAUUGGACCUUCGGCUCUCUCUGCUUGUAUCAGGGCUUCUGGUUCCCCUCUCGGUUCUUGAACGGCAUCCUCGCUUGCCAAAACCACUUCCAAGCUCACUCCUCUGACAUCCUUCUCGCCACCAACCCGAAAUCCGGCACCACUUGGCUAAAGGCCAUCCUGUUUGCCCUGUUGUACCGUGCCAAGUAUGCCAACUCCGACUCACAGCAACGCCACCCUCUCCUAAUCCAAAAUCCGCAUGACCUCGUCCCCUGCUUGGAGCUCAGGCUCUUUCUCAAGCAAGAAAAUCCCGAUCUCGCUGCUUUCGCGUCCCCAAGGCUCUUGGCCACCCACUUGCCUUAUACCUUGCUUCCACGGUCGGUGAGGGACUCCAAGUGCAAGCUGGUUUACCUGUGUAGGAACCCUAAGGACACCUUCAUCUCAUCGUGGCACUUCGCCAACAAGCUGAAGCCCGAAGAGAAGGGCCAGAUUCCGCUCCCGGAGAGUCUUGACAAGUUCUGUCGAGGGCUGAACGCGUUCGGGCCUCACUGGGACCAUGUGCUGGGUUACCACAAGGCGAGUUCAGAGACGCCCGAGAAGGUGUUGUUCGUGAUGUACGAGGAGAUGAAAGAGGACCCACGUGCUCACCUGAGGAGGUUGGCCAAUUUCUUGGGGUGUCCAUUCAGCGAAGAAGAACUGAGAGACGGGACUGUGGAGGGAAUACUGAGGAUGUGUAGCUUCGACAAUUUGAGUGCUUUGGAGGUGAACAAGAGCGGGAAUUUGUCGACCGGACUAGAGAAGAAGUGGUUCUUCAGGAGAGGCGAGGUCGGAGAUUGGGUGAAUUACAUGAGUGCCGAGAUGGGGGAGAGGAUAGACGGUGCCAUGGAAGAGAAGUUUUAUGGUUCUGGAUUGAAGUUUUAG